GGAGCAUCCGAUUCGAUCAUAGCUCGAUAUGGAACGAGAACAAAGAGGCGGCGCCGACGGCACGGCGGUUCUCGUCCGCACGGGGCUGAUCGCUUUAACCCUGACGUCCGCCGUGUCCGCAUACAGAGCCGCCGCCGCGGGCGACCUCGCCUCCACGGCGUUCGUCGCCGUAAGCUACGCCUCGCUGCUGCUGCUCUUUCGCAGCCUCCGCGCGUACGAGCGCUUGCCGCCGCCUUGGGAAGCUGCCGACCAAAGGGCGCGGCUGAGGCGCGAGGUGUGGGCGCUGUGCACGCUGCUCACCGUGCUGUUCUCGUGGAAGGUGGCGGCGGCGAUGCCGUCCUGGCCUGUCGCCGCCGCCGUGUGGGCCAUGGCGGCCCUCACCACGGCCGGUGGCUACGCAGCCUUGUUCCAUGGCCCGUGACGACGUUAAGGUACACAUCAUGUUCAGAGGUUAUCCUACAAAACUACAGUUUCGGUCGAUCGAGUAUGCUACAAGUGACUUGCAAGCGGAAGAAUUAAGUCAUUCAUCAUGGUGUAUUUAUCGUCGCUCAAGCUUGCUACGUACUAUACAGAAGUGAAGAUUGUGGAUGUUGGACGAGUGCAAUUUGCAAAGCGUGGAAAAGAAUAGAUUUUUAUUAGGUUGUGUGGUUUUAUUUAAGCAUUGUAAAUUUUAAUUUGGUUGCAACAAAUUGUCAUUGUACGCACAACCUCGCCUCUCGACCGUGUUGAACGAAACAUUCGCGUAUUGUAUGUUUAUUUUCCUUGGAAGGGCACGCUGUAUAUUCUUGUAAGUGGUGUGGGAUUAAUUGAAUAAAUGAAUGGCUACUACUGGUCUAAUAACCAUUCCUUUGGCCAA